UGUCUCUGUGUAGCCGUGCGUAGCAUAUAGCAUGCAUGCUGGAUGUGGUUCCUGAGCGGCUGCGUGCGUGUUUGCUUUUCAUUCAGCGAUUUCUUUCCCGGAUCUAUACCGUGGAGGUUACCGCUAAUAUAGUGUUAACUCCUGAAUAACAUUGUAAGCGCUGCUGUCAGUUUCUCAGACUGGGAAAAACAGGGAGCGGGGUCGCUUUAAUUUGGACGCCAUCCCCCUUGGCGGAAGAAAAAGGCGCACUUCUAUUGAAAAGGAAAUCAUCCGGAGGGGAGAAACGCUGCUAAACGGUUAUGAAGUAUUAAGAGUGGAGGCCACUGUUGUGUCGUGAGCUUGGUCAGUAUUGUUGGAGCAUGAGGAAGCCUGUGCCACAGAAAGCUAUCGAGUGGAAAGAUGCCAGAAGGAUCAAGCAUGCCCGGAGUGGACGACCCUCCCGGGUGCCCUCACAGUACCAAGGGCAUUUCAGUUGGGAGAAAUACCUGAAAGAGACGGGUGCCAACGCUGCACCUGCUUCUUGCUUCAGACAGAGCCUCACACCUCCAGUAAAUGAGUUCAAGGCAGGCAUGAAGCUGGAGGCUCAGGACCCGCGAAACACCACGUCCACCUGCAUCGCUACAGUGGUGGGCCUGACAGGCUCACGGCUGCGCCUGCGCUUAGAUGGGUCCGACAACAAGAACGACUUCUGGCGCCUGGUGGACUCCUCAGAGAUCCAGCCUAUCGGCAACUGUGAGAAAAAUGGAGGCAUGCUGCAGCCACCACUCGGCUUCCGUCUCAAUGCGUCCUCUUGGCCCAUGUUCCUUUUGAAAACACUUAAUGGAGCUGAGAUGGCACCAUCCCGCAUAUUUCACAAGCAGGAGCCUCCAGCCCCAGAGCAGAACUCCUUCCAGGUGGGCAUGAAGCUAGAAGCGGUGGACCGUAAAAAUCCCCACUUUAUCUGCCCGGCCACAGUGGGUGCGCUGCGUGGAGUCGAGGUGCUGGUCACCUUUGAUGGCUGGCGAGGAGCCUUUGACUAUUACUGCCGCUAUGACUCACGUGACAUCUUCCCAGUUGGCUGGUGCUCCCUCACCGGAGACAACCUGCAGCCGCCUGGUACCAAAGGUCUGAACCUAAACAGUGGAUGGUGGGAGGAGAGAAGAAGAGAAGGGAGGAAAAAGAAAGAAAGGAGGAGCAACGCAAAGGAAGAGUGGGAGAGGAGGACAGGGCAGGAGGAGAGGGUGAAUCUGAGGACAGCUGCACAGACAACCAGUCACUUUUUGACUUUCUUUGGGCAAGAGAGAGUAGUGUUGCCUAAGAGCCUUGGGGCAUUGACAGACGGUAGUGUGGAGAGCCCAGCCAUGCACCCUGCCCCCACGGUGGGCAGACCUCCGGUUCAGAGAGGACGUAAGCCAGGCCGCAGGAAAACCAAGGUGACGGGGCCCUGGAGUCAGAAGGGAUCAGCGUUGGGACCACAGAGCAUCCAGCCAGGCAAAGCCCUGGAGCCCAUCAAGAUCCCCAAGAAGCGUGGGCCCAAGCCUGGCAGUAAGUUGGGCUGGGCAAAGAGAACUGGCUGGCUGGAAGAAGCCAUAGCUGGCCCAGGACGGCCAGUGACAGGCCCAGGGAGACCCAGAGGCAGACUGCCUGCCAACUGGGCACAGAGGAUAGCUCUGCAGCAGGCCCAGACUCAGGCAGAACCUAUCAAGAUCCCAAAGAAAAGAGGGCCCAAGCCUGGCAGCAAGAGAAAACCACGCGUGGUACCUAAUCCAGUCCCCACGUCUCCCACCAGCAGCACCCCAGAGCCUGACACCAGCACUGUGCCUCUGGACAACGCCACCAUCCCCAACUCUGCACUACAGGCUCCCACAGUUUGUGUGUACCUAAACAAGUACGGCAAGGUAGGGCCCCAUUUGGACCAGCGGCGAAUCCAGCAGCUCCCAGAUCACUUUGGGCCAGGCCGGGCCUCUUCGGUCCUUCAGCAGUGCGUCCAGGCGUGUGUUGACUCUGCCCACAACCAGGCCACAGUCUUCUCCUGCCUCAAGUCUGGCCAAGGCGGUGAAGUCAUUUCAGCUUACUUUGACCAGCAACAUCACACCUUAACCCUGCCCACAGUCAGCAGUGUCACUUACGUCCUCCGCUUCCUGGAAAAACUCUGCCACAACCUUCACUGCGAUCCUCUGUUUGGCAGCCAGCCUGUUGCCAGAGGAGGCCUGCACUACGACAGUCACACAUACACUACAGAUAGAAGAAGUUUUGGAGAUAACCUGACGACAGGCCCGGGCCGAGGCACUAAGCGGUUCCUCCAGGAGUCCUACAACAGUCCCCUGCCUCAGAAACUGGCCAAAAUCCCCCGGCACUCCACUGAUGGAGAGUCCUUCAUGGAGAACAGCGUCGCUGCAUCAGAGCACUUAAAGAAGAGCCCUCUCUCCCCAAACUGUACGGGCCAAACACCCGGCCUGAGGUCUCCCUCCAAGCUGCUGCAUCAUACCAACUCUACAGGCAGUUUUCGGGAGAGCCCCAGGCCCAGUGGUCAAGACCCCAACCUGUGGACAGUAGAGGAUGUCAUGCAGUAUAUCAGAGACAUCGACCCAGUGCUGGCACCACAUGCUGACCUUUUCAGAAAACAUGAGAUUGACGGGAAAGCACUCCUCUUGCUGCGUAGCGACAUGAUGAUGAAAUACAUGGGCUUGAAGCUCGGCCCCGCCCUCAAGCUCACCUUUCACAUCGACAAGCUCAAACGGGCCUGAGGAGGUCAGCUGACCAGCCACAACCUUCCAAAGGACUAAACUCCAACCCCGCCUCCCUGUUCUAGGAUCAGUAUAUAAUGCACUGCAUAUCGGACAUAUACUGACCAUUACAUGUAGCAACUUCCAUCAAACCACCAUAUCUGGUAUUACAUACCCCUCUCCUGACCUCAUCCAAUGAGGAAUGUUUAUUUUGUGUAGCACAAUCCAGCCCUAAGGCAGCAUGGGAUACGUAGGAUCACCCACUUGUCCGUCAUCUGUUUUGCAUUUCAGUAUAACUUGAAGAGUCAUAUGUGGCCAACUGUAAAAGGCUUUUUUGGCCUUCUUUUAUUAUGUUACAUUUAUUCUGUACAUUUCAUAUUUUGUACUUCAUGAAUAUAUGGACUCGUAUUUUUGCCUUUUUAAACGGUUUGUGUCGGAUAUGCUAAAAGAAAGAAAACCAUAAAGGAAGAAAGGAAAUCACUACAUUCAUCCCAAUAGUUGGGAAUGUGUCUAAUUAACGUCUCUGUUUGAGGCAUGGUUUUGCAACUACAACAAUAUUGAUUAUGGGGAAAAAACAUGUUUUAUGAAAGGACAACAAAACAUUUAUUCGGAGGAUACUGCCAUGAGGAAAUCUGUUUCUUUUCUCUUAUUCUGAAUGUUGUUUACAAUGACUUGUCUUGUCUUUGUUAUUUGUACUUUUUUAAUUUUUUAUACUAUAUUAUUAGAGUUCCUACAUGGAGAGCCCUAUCAUACUUAACAUUGUUCAAUAAAUAUAUAAUAAUUCAA